UAACUGCGGUUUUCGGUCACACUUUGUUUGCAAAGAUGUUUUGAUAAGAACGCGAAUGCAAAUGAAAAAUUUUAUACAAUGGCCGAUAUAUUGCCAGCUAAUAACAGCGAUUCAGGCAGCGAUGAGGAAGAGGUAGAGCCAAAGUUCAAAUACCAGCGCAUUGGCAAUGAUCUGCGAAAUAUACUCAACACCGAUGUGGUCACCUGUAGUGCUGUGCAUUCCAAGUUUCUGAUAUUUGGCACAUUCCGAGGGCGCGUCUAUCUGGUGGAUCAUCAGGGCAACUCAGUGGAGUCCAAUUUAAGCACUGGCGAUCGUCACACUCAUUCUGUUGCUGUGAACCACAUCGAUGUGGAUCCUCGUGGUGAAUAUGUUGCCACAUGCUCCGAUGACGGUCGCGUUAAUAUUACGGGUUUGUUUAGUUGCGAGAACAAUCAUAGUCUCAGUUAUGGCAAGUUUAUCAAAGCGGUUGCCUUAGAUCCAGAAGCCAAAUCAGGCGUGCGUCGCUUCAUAGUGGGUGACGACAAGCUGACUCUCUAUGAAAGGAACUUGCUGCAACGUCUGAAGCCUAGUGAAUUGUGCGCUGUGGAAGGUAGCGUGUUGUCCAUUAGUUGGCAGGGCAAUUUUGUCGCCUGGGCGAGUCAUUUGGGAGUACGUGUCUAUGAUCUGAGAGAGAAAUGUUCGCUGGGACUCAUGAAAUGGGAGGUCCCAUCGCAAGCACGUCUAGAAACCUUUCGCUGCCACCUACGCUGGUCGCAUUCAACGACGUUGCUUAUCGGUUGGGUAGACACCAUACGCAUUUGUGUGAUACGGAAACGCAAUGCCAUCGAAGCAUCCUCUAGUAACUUGCCAGGCUAUGUUGUAGAUCCAGUCUCUACAUUUCAAACAUCUUUCUACAUUUGUGGUCUGGCGCCGCUGGCGGCCAAUCAGCUUGUUGUGCUAGGAUAUCGUAAGGAGCGAAGUGCGAACUAUAAAGCAUUGCGUCCUGUGCUCUGUGUCAUUGAAUAUAAGAUGAACACUUGCGAGGAAGUGUGCACAGACAGCUUGACACUGCGUGGCUUCGAGGAGUACACAGUCAAUGACUAUAGUUUAGGUAGUAUCAUUGAAGAGAAUCGUUACUUCAUAAUUGCCCCUAAGGAUAUUGUCGUUGCCAGCCUGAUUGAGACAGACGAUCGCGUGGAAUGGCUCAUUAAACACAAUAAAUUCGAGGAAGCUAUGGAGAUUUCUACACAUGGCGGCAGUCUACCACUGCUUUCCGUGGCUAGAUUGUAUAUAAACCAUUUGUUGACGCUCAAAAAAUACGAAGACGCUGCUAAAUUGUGUCUCCGUGUGCUGGGUAAUAACAAAGCCCUGUGGCAGGAAGAGGUAUUCAAGUUUGUCAAGUGCCAGCAACUACGCUGCGUUAGUGCUUACUUACCCACAUCGGAGGAUUGCAAGCUGGAUCCACAAGUCUAUGAAAUGGUACUCUAUGAGUUUCUCAUGCUGGACGUAAAUGGCUUUCUCAAUUUAAUCAAGGAGUGGCCACCAAAACUCUACAAUGGCUUGGCCGUAAUUAAUGCCAUACACGAUAACUUCAGAAAACAGAAUGCCAACGAGUUACUUGAGGCGUUGGCACUGUUGUAUUCCUACCAAGGCAAUUAUGAAAGCGCAUUGCGCAUGUAUUUAAAAUUGCAGAACAAAGAUGUAUUUGAGCUAAUACGACGAUUUGAGCUCUACGACGUCAUUUCUCAACUUAUCAUUCCACUCAUUCAGUUAGAUCGCGAACGUGCCUUUAAGAUAUUACUCGAUAAAAGUAAAAUUAAGCCCGACGUUGUUGUACAUCAGUUGGAGCAAAACCAAGAAUACCUUUACUGGUAUUUGGAUGGUCUAGAAAAGACUGAGAGUCAUGGCGCGUUCCAUCAAAAACUUGUUGGACUCUAUGCGAAAUAUGAUCGUUCAAAGCUUUUGCCCUUUUUGCGUCGCUCAACUGAUUACGCUAUACAAGAAGCGCUAGCAAUUUGCAAAAGCAAAGGUUUCCAUCCAGAAAUGGUCUAUUUGCUGGGUCGCAUGGGAAGUGUUGUCGAGGCUUUAAAUAUUAUUAUACAUAGCAUAAAAGACAUUGAAAUGGCCAUUGAGUUCUGCAAGGAGCACAAUGAUGAUGAUCUUUGGAACAAACUCAUCGACGAGUCUACCAAGCAGCCUGAAAUAGUAACCAAGGUUCUGGAUGGAAUAGUGGACUACGUGAAUCCGGAGUUGGUGGUCAGCAAGAUCAAAUUAGGACAGAAUAUACCUAAUUUGCAGCAAUCGCUCACAAAAAUGCUGUGGCAUUAUAAUCUACAGGAGGAUGUUAUGGAUCUGGCUCACAAGAUCCAAUUGACAGACUAUUUCGACACUCAUGCUGAAGUGGUUACGAUGCAGCAACGUGGUCGGAAUGUCUCCUAUGAUCAAGUGUGUGCAUCCUGUUCCCGUACCCUUAUUGUUAGUGACACUACUCCGAACAAUGGACUGACCAUAUUCAACUGUGGCCACAUUUAUCAUGAAACUUGUAUGACAGAUUCUCGUUGUGGUGUCUGUUUAGAUUGGGAUGCUAUUCUUGAAAAUUGUUAGACGCCAAUUUGUAAAAGUCUGAAUGUGGUUUUGUACCAGAAGUAUCAGGGUAUUAUAAGAUAAAAAAAAAGCGUGAAGGAUAAGGAAAAUUGUUCAGAAAGAAUCUUGCUAAUACCAUACAUCGUUGGUACAAACAGGCAAUAAUCAGUUGAUUGCCUGGGAAAAUGGAUACUCAACCGUAAAAGCAUUACUUUUGAAUAUAUGAAAUCCUGUAUGCAAACUUCAGCGUUCUAACAUAUUUUUUUUACAAUUUUCAUGCAAUAUGUACAAUUAAUUUAUUAGCCUUAACUUUUGCUUGUAUGAGUAUUUAUUUUUUAUAUUUAAUUAAAGCGCUAUAACUAUUGUCGACUAUA